GUCAAACUCGGAACCACUCGCUGUGGUUGCUACUGUUUUGCGUUUUUCGUACGAAGUGUGAUUUACUGACAAAAUGCCGCGAAUUAUGAUCAAAGGUGGUGUUUGGCGGAACACCGAGGAUGAAAUCCUCAAAGCCGCCGUGAUGAAGUAUGGCAAGAACCAGUGGUCACGAAUUGCAUCUUUGCUUCACAGGAAGUCGGCGAAGCAAUGCAAGGCCCGCUGGUAUGAAUGGUUAGAUCCCAGCAUAAAAAAGACAGAAUGGUCCCGUGAGGAAGAUGAAAAACUUCUGCAUCUUGCCAAGUUGAUGCCCACCCAAUGGCGAACAAUUGCUCCCAUCAUUGGGAGGACGGCAGCUCAAUGCCUUGAACGAUACGAAUAUUUGCUGGAUCAAGCUCAGAGAAAGGAGGAUGGAGACGACUCAGUGGAUGACCCCAGAAAACUUAAACCAGGAGAAAUUGAUCCGAAUCCAGAAACUAAGCCGGCACGUCCUGAUCCAAAAGAUAUGGACGAAGAUGAACUCGAAAUGUUGUCGGAAGCCCGAGCUCGUUUAGCCAACACCCAAGGUAAAAAAGCUAAACGGAAAGCGCGUGAGAAGCAAUUGGAGGAAGCCAGACGAUUGGCGGCUCUUCAGAAGCGAAGGGAAUUGCGAGCAGCCGGGAUAGGUUGUGGCAAUCGCAAACGUUUGAAAGGAAUCGACUACAAUGCGGAGAUUCCUUUCGAGAAAAGACCGGCACUAGGAUUCUACGAUACAUCCGAAGAGGUUGUGGAAAAAAUGGAACCAGAUUUUAACAAGAUGCGCCAACAAGAUUUGGACGGAGAACUACGGGUCGAGCAAGAGGAGCGAGAACGCAAGAAAGAUAAGCAAAAGUUGAAGGAGCGAAAAGAAAAUGAUAUGCCAUUGGCUAUGCUACAAAAUCAAGAGCCAGCGAGGAAGCGUUCUAAGUUGGUGUUGCCAGAACCUCAAAUUUCAGAUCAGGAAUUGCAACAAGUAGUAAAAUUAGGUCGUGCUAGCGAAAUAGCGAAAGAAGUGGCGUCGGAAAGUGGGAUAGAAACAACAGACGCAUUGCUUGCUGACUACAGCAUUACUCCUCAAGCCGCGGCGACUCCUAGAACCCCAGCUCCAUAUACCGAUAGAAUCAUGCAAGAAGCACAAAACAUGAUGGCCCUAACGCAUGUUGACACUCCUCUCAAAGGUGGCGUUAACACUCCUCUUCACGAGUCAGAUUUUUCGGGUGCCUUGCCGAAAAGUGUUGCAAUAGCCACACCAAAUACUGUUCUCGCCACACCUUUCCGUUCUAGUCAUGGUAAUGCGGCAACACCUGGUGGAUUUGCCACCCCGUCCUCUGUUAUGCUGGCUAAAACUCCUGGAGCAGCAGCGACACCCGCUCUUGUCAGAGACAAAUUAAAUAUAAAUCCUGAAGACGGUUUGAGUGUAACAGAAACUCCCGCAGCAUUCAAAAACUAUCAGCGGCAAGUUAAACAAUCUUUGAGAGACGGUCUAGCGAGUUUGCCAACACCGAAAAAUGAUUAUGAGAUAGUAGUUCCCGACGAACAGGAGGAGACUGAAGAAUCAAAGCCCGCAGAGGAUGCUGCCGAAGAUCAGGCUGAUGUUGAUGCAAAAGCACUUGCUGAUUUGAAAGCGAAAGAACAAGAAGAACUUGCGAAACGCUCCAAAGUCAUCCAAAGAUCUCUACCAAGACCAACUGAAGUUAACACAAAGAUUUUGCGACCGCCGUCCGAGAAGCAGGGGCUGAACGAUCUGCAAAAAGCAGAAGAACUCAUUAAACAUGAAAUGGUUACAAUGUUACUCUUCGAUUCCGUAAAAAAUCCAGUUCCUAAUCAGCAACAGAGCAAAGUUGAACAGCUACAAAACUAUUUCAAAUCCAACCCAUAUGAAGAUUUUUCGGACGGAGAUCUCAAAGCGGCCUCAUCCUUAUUAGAAGAAGAAAUGAAAGUUGUCAAGCAAGGCAUGGGCCAUGGUGAUCUAUCGUUAGAAAGUUAUUCACAAGUGUGGCAAGAGUGCCUCAGUCAAGUGUUAUAUUUGCCAAGUCAAAAUCGAUAUACCCGAGCGAAUCUUGCUAGCAAAAAGGAUCGCUUGGAAUCGGCAGAAAAACGUCUCGAACAGAACCGCAAACACAUGGCCAAAGAAGCGAAACGAUGCGGUAAAAUUGAAAAGAAACUGAAAAUUUUGCUGGGAGGUUAUCAAGCUCGUGCUCAAGCUCUUUCGAAGCAAUUGCAGGAUACAUAUGACCAGAUCGAACAAAAUCAUCUAGCCCUCUCUACAUUCAAGUUUUUAGCCGAACAGGAGAAAGUUGCCAUCCCGAAACGUUUGGAGUCUCUGACGGAGGAUGUGAAGCGUCAAAUGGAACGUGAAAAAGAUUUGCAGGCUAAGUACGCUAGUUUGCGGGAUGAACUUGAAGAAUUGAAAAGAAGUCUUCAGAUGGUCGCUAUUAAUAAUGAUGUAGGACAGUCUAAUAACCAUACGACAGAAAGGACAGUGGAGGAAGAUUAGGAGAGAUUAUGUAUUCUUUUCCUUGUCUUGAAGAUUUUUUAGAAAGAUGGAAAAAUAAAAUACAAAAUAAAGACUAUG